CGGUCGGCAGAGUCGUUUCUCUUGGUAUUUAUUUAACCAACCCCUCACUUGCGUCUUCCUCAACUCACCGUGUCUCCAUCUGCCAACAGCCACACAACAAGUCAACAACAUGCUCUUCAUCAUCAUCUCCAUCUCUAUCCUAAGCUUGUUAUUGGCUUCUCCGAUCUCCGGUUCUUCCCAAUCGGGAUCUAUCAAUGUCUGGCCCAUGCCGAGAAACUUCUCGUGGCCUGAGCCGCAGGCCAACCCCCUCUCCCCUAAUUUCAACAUCUUAUCUCCAGAUCAUCGCUACCUGUCGUCCGCCGCCAAACGCUACCUGCAUCUUAUUCUCAGCGAGCACCACCGCCCCCUGGUGAACCCCUCCUCCUCCGUCCGCGUCAACACUUCUGCGCCGCCAUUGCUGACCCUCGCCAUCACGGUUGCCGACCUCACUGCUCCCCUUCACCAUGGCGUGGACGAGUCGUACACACUUACCAUCCCCGCCGCCGGGGGAACCGCCCAUCUGACGGCCCAGACUGCGUGGGGCGCCAUGAGGGGUCUCGAGACAUUGUCGCAGCUGGUGUGGGGGAAUCCCUCGCUCGUGGCGGUUGGGGUGUACGUGUGGGACUCCCCACUGUUCGGGCAUAGAGGGCUCAUGCUCGACACCUCUAGGAACUACUACGGAGUUGAGGAUUUACUUAGGACCAUCGAGACCAUGAGCGCCAAUAAGCUCAAUGUGUUUCAUUGGCACAUCACUGACUCCCACUCUUUCCCGCUACUCGUGCCUUCGGAGCCUGAAUUGGCCUCCAAGGGGUCUUAUGGAUCCAGUAUGCAGUACUCUCCCGCUGAUGUCACAAAGAUUGUGGAGUUCGGUUUGGAGCAUGGUGUCAGGGUUCUCCCGGAAAUCGACUCACCUGGCCAUACAGGAUCAUGGGCUGCAGCCUAUCCCGAUAUAGUAUCAUGUGCAAAUAUGUUCUGGUGGCCAGCAGGAGUUGAUUGGGGUGACCGACUCGCGUCCGAACCAGGAACAGGUCAUCUAAAUCCUUUGAACCCCAAGACCUAUCAAGUGCUCAAAAACGUAAUCCAUGAUGUGGCGACAUUAUUCCCUGAACCAUUUUACCACGGGGGUGCUGAUGAGAUCGUACCAGGUUGUUGGAAAGCGGAUCCAACCAUUCAAUCAUUCUUAUCGAGGGGAGGAACUCUGAGUCAGCUACUUGAGCUUUUUGUCAAUUCCACAUUCCCUUAUAUUGUAUCUCAUAACAAGACAGUUGUAUACUGGGAAGACGUGUUACUAGAUGAUAACAUUAAGGUGCAAUCAGCAGCUCUUCCCCGAGAGAAUACCAUCUUACAAACAUGGAACAAUGGACACAACAACACUAAACGAAUUGUGUCUUCUGGAUAUCGUACAAUCGUGUCAUCCUCAGAAUUUUACUACUUAGAUUGUGGUCACGGUGACUUUCUUGGGAACGAUAGCAUAUAUGAUCAACAAACAGGUGUCACUACAAAAGAUGGAGGGUCAUGGUGCGGGCCUUUCAAAACAUGGCAAACCAUAUAUAAUUAUGAUAUAACAUAUGGUCUAACUGAAGACGAGGCUAAAUUGGUUUUAGGUGGAGAGGUGGCGCUUUGGUCUGAGCAAGCAGAUCCAACAGUUUUGGAUGCACGAAUUUGGCCACGAACUUCAGCAAUGGCAGAGUCAUUGUGGUCAGGGAACCGGGAUGAUAAGGGUACGAAGAGAUUUGCGGAGGCAACUGAUCGCCUCAAUGAAUGGAGGAGUAGAAUCGUGGCUAGAGGUGUUAGAGCUGAACCUAUUCAGCCACUAUGGUGUAUUAAGAAUCCAGGGAUGUGCAACACUGUUAAUUCAUUGGGCUCAUAGGCUAGCUAGUAUAGCUUUUGAUGAUCACUAUACAUCAGUUUGGACAGAAAAGGCUCCAGAAUGCAUUCUGGACGUUCUACAAUCAGAUUGUAAUCAGCCUGUUUAAGGCUUCCUUCAGCAAACACAAUUCUUCGAUAGAAAAAAAAAAAAAAAAAAAAAAACCAAGAUGUCAUCUAUAUAACCCAUUGGGGAUACUCUUAUGGCACGUUUACUAACUUGGAAUCGGAAUAAAUCAUGAAUCGGAGACAGCUGGAAUGGGAGAAGAGAGGAAUCGGUAUGGGAAUAAUUUAAUUCCAUUACGCUGUUUACUUACCAUGUGAAAUCGGAAUAAGAAUGAAACUGAUUACGAUUGAUGUUGUUUACUUACAUUUAGGAAUGAGAAUUAAACUACUUCGA